CAAAAAAAAAAACUACCACUCCCAGCAGGCUCCGCGGCGCGCGGCGCUCUUCCAGCCAAUCAGCGGAGGACUUGUUGGUGGGUGCCAAGAUGGCGGAGCCCAGGGGUUGAAGGAGGUGCUGUUUGGCGGCUGGUUGCAAGGGCUGGAAGAACGGAAAGAUGAAGGUUGUCAAUCUAAAGCAGGCCAUUCUCCAGGCCUGGAAAGAGCGGUGGAGUGAUUACCAGUGGGCCAUAAACAUGAAGAAAUUCUUCCCCAAAGGAGCCACGUGGGACAUACUUAAUUUGGCAGAUACCAUCAGAAUUUGUUUUUCUCAUCCCAGUUCAAGAAGGGAGAUUGACACAAAUCCUGCUAAAUGUUCGUACCUGCUGAGUAUACAAGCUCUCCUUGAACAGGCCAUGAUUGGCCCAUCACCCAACCCACUGAUCUUGUCCUACCUGAAAUAUGCAAUCAGUUCCCAGAUGGUGUCUUAUUCCACCGUCCUGAUGGCCAUCAGUAAGUUUGAUGACUUCUCCCGAGAUCUCUGCGUCCAGUCCCUGCUGGAGAUCAUGGAUAUGUUUUGUGAUCGGCUCAGCUGCCAUGGCAAAGCAGAGGAGUGCAUUGGUUUGUGCCGGGCCCUGAUGAGCGCCCUCAACUGGAUGCUGCGCUGCGCAGCCUUCUAUACGGAGAAGUUCAAAGAGAUUCUGGAACAGGCAGCUGCUGAGAACCAGCUGAAGAUGUGCCUGGAGCGGCUGGAGAAGAUCCUGGGUAGCACCAAAAACCGGGCCCUGAUUCACAUUGGCAAGCUGGAGGAGACGUCUUCGUGGAGCACCAUAGAGCAGUCGCUGAUCAAACUGGGGGAGAAUCUGAGCAGCCUCAGUAACCUGCAGCUGCACAGCCAGGCGGACGAGUGCAUCUCCCUCAUCAAGAGCAUACCCACCAUGCUCUCGGCCCACUCUGAGCAGCUGAACAAAACUGGCUUCCCCACCGUGCAUGCCGUGGUGCUGUUGGAAGGAACCAUGAACCUCACGGGAGAGACCCAGCCUCUCGUGGAACAGCUGAUGAUGGUGAAGCGGAUGCAGCGCAUUCCCUCACCGCUUUUUGUGCUGGAGAUCUGGAAAGCCUGCUUUGUGGGCCUGAUCGAGUCUCCAGAGGGGACGGAGGAGCUGAAAUGGACGGCCUUCACCUUCCUUAAGAUCCCUCAGGUUCUGGUUAAACUAAAGAAAUAUCCCCAGGGAGAGAAGGAUUUCACUGAGGACGUGAAUUGUGCCUUUGAGUUCCUGCUAAAACUCACCCCUUUGCUGGACAAAGCUGAUCAGCGAUGCAACUGUGACUGUACUAGUCUGCUCCUGCAGGAGUGUAGCAAACAGGGACUGCUGUCUGAGGCCAACAUGACCAACCUAGUCGCCAAACGGACAGCCGACCGGGAGCACGCGCCACGCUUGAAAUCGGCAGAGAAUGCCAACAUCCAGCCCAACCCGGGACUCAUCCUGAGAGCCGAGCCCACUGUCACCAACAUCCUCAAGACCAUGGAUGCAGAUCACUCCAAAUCCCCCGAGGGGCUACUAGGCGUCUUGGGCCACAUGCUGUCUGGGAAGAGCCUGGAUCUGCUAUUGGCAGCUGCAGCAGCGACGGGGAAGCUGAAAUCUUUUGCUCGGAAGUUCAUCAAGCUGAAUGAAUUUACCAAGCACAUCAGCGGAGAAGGCUCCAAAGCGGCUUCUGUCAGGGCCCUGCUGUUCGACAUUUCCUUCCUCAUGCUGUGUCACGUCGCCCAGACCUACGGCUCUGAGGUGAUCCUCUCAGAGUCCAGCCCCACGGGUGAGGUGCCAUUCUUCGAGACCUGGAUGCAGACCUGCAUGCCGGAGGAGGGGAAAAUCCUCAACCCAGAUCACCCCUGCUUCCGGCCUGAUUCAACAAAGGUGGAAUCGCUGGUUGCUCUGCUGAACAGCUCCUCGGAAAUGAAGCUGGUGCAAAUGAAGUGGCAUGAGGCAUGUCUCAGCAUCUCGGCAGCCAUCCUGGAGAUCCUCAAUGCCUGGGAGAACGGCGUGCUCACCUUUGAGUCGAUCCAGAAAAUCACAGAUAACAUCAAAGGGAAGGUGUGCAGCAUGGCCGUGUGCGCCAUGGCCUGGCUGGUGGCCCAUGUCCGCAUGCUGGGCUUGGAUGAGCGAGACAAGUCGCUACAGAUGAUCCGGCAGCUGGCCACAUCCCUGCAAAGCGAGAACACGCUGCAGUUCUACAACGAGCGCGUGGUGAUAAUGAGCUCCAUCCUGGAGCACAUGUGCGCCGACGUCCUGCAGCAGACAGCCACGCAGAUCCGAUUCCCCUCCACGGGGACGGACCCCAUCCCUUACUGGAACCUACUGCCCCCUAAGAAGCCCAUCAAAGAGGUCCUGAUGGGCGUGUUCACCAAGGUGCUGGAGAAGGGCUGGGUCGACAGUCGCUCCAUUCACAUCUUCGACACGCUGCUGCACAUGGGGGGUGUCUACUGGUUCUGCAACAACCUGGUCAAGGAGCUGUUGAAGGAAACCCGCAAGGAGCACACGCUGCGGGCAGUGGAACUCCUCUACGCCAUCUUCUGCUUGGACAUGCAGCAGCUGACGUUAUCCCUGCUGGGCCACAUCCUGCCCAGCCUACUCACCGAUUCCUCCAAGUGGCACACCCUGAUGGACCCGCCUGGCAAGGCCCUUGCCAAGCUCUCUGUGUGGUGCGCCCUGAGCUCCUACUCCUCCCACAACAAGGGCCAGGCAUCAGCCAGGCAAAGGAAGAGGCACCGAGAGGAUAUUGAGGAUUACAUUAGCCUGUUCCCACUGGACGACACCCAGCCGUCCAAGCUCAUGCGCUUGCUGAGCUCCAACGAGGAGGACGCCAAUGUUCUGUCCAGCCCUACAGAUCGUUCGAUGAGCAGUUCGCUGUCUGCCUCCCAGCUUCACACCGUCAGCAUGAGGGACCCUCUCAACAGAGUCCUAGCAAACCUCUUCCUGCUGAUCUCUUCUAUCCUGGGAGCCAAGACAGCUGGCACACACACCCAGUUCGUCCAGUGGUUCAUGGAGGAGUGCGUGGACUGCUUGGAGCAGGGCAGCCGCGGCAGCAUCCUGCAGUUCAUGCCCUUCACAAUGGUGUCAGAGCUGGUGAAAGUGUCCACCAUGUCCAGUCCCAAAAUUGUCCUGGCCAUCACAGAUCUCAGCUUGCCUCUGGGUCGCCGGGUCGCUGCCAAGGCCAUUGCCGCUUUGUGAACACGGCUCCCCCUUCUGCGAUGCUGGGUGAGGGGAAGGUGGGACAGAAGCCAGGGGAGCUGACAAUGGAUCAUCUCUGGCUGCAUGGACCCUGCCUGUUCUCCAUGCCAGGGGGACACCACUGCCGUGGAGCAGACUCCGAGUCACCAGUGGACCCUGAGUCUAGCAGUGCCUCACUCCCAGGAACAGCCUGGGUGGCUGGAGAAGCAGCUUUCCCCAGCGCUAGGCAUUUUGGAGGUACCGUUCUUUCCAGCCCAUGUGGGGUUGUGGUUCCCUAUCGUCUGCUGGUGCCGCAUGCUGUUGGCUGUUCUUGGAUCUUUUUUCCUAAUAUUUUAAGACCUAGGUUUUUUUAUUCUCAUAAAGCCCAGAUGCUUGGGACUUUCCUAAUAGCCUUUGUGCCAAGACGUGGCAUCUCGAGAGACUGAUGGUUUCCCUGGGGGCGCAGUAGCUCGUAUAUUUCACCACUUGCUGUUGGAUCUGCGGAGUUGCAACUGAGUCCUGGACACGGGAACCGGAGCUGAAGAAUGGCUCCGGGGACCCCACAGCUGCACAACGCCUUUUUGCCUCCAGCACGUGCAGCUUUAUCUGCUUCAUCCAUGGACUGGUGAUUCUGAAACAAAUGUGUCAUGGGCCUUCAUCUCCAAAUACCCAACUGAACAACAGCCACACGACGUCUUGUCGAUAGCAAAGGUGGCACCUGCUGCGAGUUACAGAUCCCAGGGGUUUCUGCAGUGGUAUUUUUAAAUCUAUAGGGGAGGCAUAACUAUUUUUGCUAGAUAAAAAGGGGGUGUUGUGGUGAUUUCUUCUGUAGCCUUCUCUGGCAUGAUCCUCUGCUGAUUUGGGAGUCUUCAAACUUUGCAGCUGCCAUGGCUCUGCAGUCAAAAUGUUGCAGCAGACAAUUCCUAAGUUUUGCUAAGAUAAGCAGCUAGAACAGUGCAAGGGAGGGCAGAUACUGCACUUCUGUCGCAGGGGGAAGUGGUGGCACUUAGUGCUUGUGCAGGACUGCAAGUAAUAUGAUGGCUUGGAGCCACCUCGUUGCUGUGCCCGCUUCCCCCACCCAGCUCUGCUGAUGCUCCUCAGCCUGAUCUGCUGCAGCCCCUGUCCCAGGCCUGUCCUGAGCAGGUGCUGCCAAUCAGUCCAGAUAUCACUGCGGCGCUCCGCAAUACAUGCCCUCACUGAGACCUGGGCAGAGAUGAACCAAAUUCACUUCUGCCACCUGAUGCAAGCUGAGUUCAAGUCUGUGGGCAACGAUGGUUCAUCCCAUGUGAUGCCAGAGGGGGAAUUUCAGCAUGGAAUUUUCUAUCACGCCUUCAUAGGUUGAAACGCUCAUUCCUUUCUGCUGGCCAGUGUAUUUCUGACACCCUGUAAGAUACCUGUGUGUGCUACAACUGACUUGUACCAUGUCUAAUGAUUCUUCUCCUGGGCUUGAAUAAACCUACAAUAAACCCCCCGAGAGCAGAUCAUUUUCUGUGGCAUUUCUCUCCUGUCGCCAAGCAGAGGAAGGAACUAGCGGUUCUGAGGUACAGUAUACUGAAGAGCAAGUGUACCCUACAACUUUCAAAUGUUCCUUCUCUCUCAAUUCAGCCUGGUGCUUUUCUCCCCCUUCCUGUAACGCAGCCUUAUUGUGCAGCAGCUCUUGCCUGCUUUUCCCAGCUGUUCAUGAAGCCAGCCCAAAAUCUGCCCAUUCCCCUCUCCUGGUGGAAUGCAUCACGACGGGAAAGCGGGGUAGAAUGGUUUAAUGCAACCUUAAUGUAGGGGAGUCUGGAGCUUGUCUUCCCCAACCAGAGGAAACCAACAUUGCUUGCAAGACGAAAGGAUUCUUGCACUUGCUGAAGCCUUGCCCAGCGUUCCAUCCCAGAGGCAGCAGCAUUAUCUCAAUCUGUAUUAUCUGUAAUUCCCUUUGGACUCUGUUUUAUGUCCAAUAGAUUUAUACUUUAUCGAUCCCUUUUGCUUUCA